UUUUCUUUUAAUUUUCUGCCAACAGGAAGUAAAUGUUUCAUGUAAUGAGAUUCGAUUGAAUGGUGGUCUAGCGUUAGCAGAAGCACUAUUAUCAAAGACAGAAUUGACAAAUGUGAUAUUGGACGGAAAUCAAUUUGGCGAAGAUGGUGUGACUGAAGUUCAUGAGCGACUUUCAUCGUGCACAUCAGCAACAAUAAGCAUUGAAGAUGACGAAGGCGAUGAAGAUGAUGAUGACGAUGAGGAGGAAGAGGAGGAGGAGGAUGAAGAAGAAGAGGAGGAGGAAGAGGAAAAUGGUAGUGAAGCCGAAGCCAAUCAAAGUAAUAAGAGUGUUACUGAACAAGUGAAUGUUCAAAAAAGUAAUGCUACUCUUAUUAAACCUUUCAGCCCUUCGAAUGCAACGCAGGUUACCGUUUCUGAUUUUCUCAAAACACCAACUGUACAUAAUUUCCUAUCUCUCGGUACAAGGAGAAAUUCUCUAAUAUUGGAUGAAGUCAAAAAGACUCCGGAAUCUGACUUGCUAGAAGCGAUGCUGUCAGCCAUAAUGAAAGUGUCAGCAUUGGUGGGUGCUGGUAAUGGUUCAGAAGUGGACAAGGCAGCUCUAACGUGUAGUGAUCACUUAUAUCAACACCUCUGCAACUGGUCCAAAACCAACAAUGAUUUCUCACUUGUCAGCAACACUCUACUAGUGCAUCUCGGAUUAAUGAAGAGCGAAGACAAGUCGUUCAAAAUAACGUACAAUACCCAUGGAUGCAGGGCUGCUUUACAGCAAGCCAUGACUCAGAACUACUUCCCCACUCAAGUCAAGGAAACUAUGCAAUUCUUCCUCAACAAGAAAUGAAUUUGAUUAGCUGUGACUCGAGUGAAGCAUGUCGACUACCAAAAUAAUAUUGCUGAUAUAUUGGUGAAUUCAUUUCAGUGUACCAAAUUUCAAACAUUAACUUAUUUAAUAGUGCAUCUUUUCUCAAAUUAAAGUGUAUUUAAUUUUCUAUGUUAAUAAAACCACUUUCAAUGUAAAGAGAGAACCCUGUGAAAAUCCAUGUUUUAAAACAAUUCUGUACCUGAUUUAGAACUUCUGAAUUUCAGGUCUCAUUUUUAAAAUUAGUUUGUAAAAUAAAGUUUUCUUCUUCUUUUCGUA